AUAUGGUGAGUGCUUUUUCAAUUGGUAAAGCGUAACGAUGUAUUUAUCAUGUAUAAAUCAAUCAGCCACUCAACCCAGAAGUGAAACACCUGGCCCAGGAGCUUACUAACCAAUAAAGAGAUAGAAGAUGACCCCUCCAUCUUUCAAGUAAAUUUUGCCUGUUAAAGUAGAUUUGGAUCUGGUAAUAGAAGUGGCCUUCUAAAGGUAUUUGCCCCAGGACCUGGUGCGUAUGAACAUCCUUCAAGAGUAACCAAGGAAGGACCGAGGUAUUCCUUUGGUCUUAAGAAACCAACAGUAUUAGCAAAAUAAGGACCAGGACCAGGUAAAUAUACAGCAUUCAUUUUUCCAGGAGCUUACAACCCUAAUUAUCGAACAAUGGUGAAGGCUCUUCCCAAUUAUUCAAUCGGUGCGAAACUAUCAUAAAACUACUCUACAUUUUAACCUGGGCCAGGAGCUUAUGAAAAUCCUUCUACAGUCGUGGGAGUUCCUUGCAUGAAGUAAGGGUAUAGUUUUGAGCUUAAGAUUUCCCCAUUCUAAGCGAGAUGGAUUUUAUGAUUUGACUCGUACUCCAGGACCUGGAUCAUAUCUAAAGAGACCAAACAGUGCUGGUCCUUAAUAUAAAUUUGGAACAGCAUCCAGGGGAGCUUUUUCAGAAAUAAAGAACCCUGGGCCAGGGGAAUAUGAAGCAAGAAGCGAGUUUAAUGUUUCACAAAAGGGAUUUUCGAUGCUUUCAAGAAGAAAUUAAACUCAGUAAGAAUAAGUGCCAGGACCUGGAACUUAUAAUUGGGAUAAGAAAUAAAAAUUGAGACCUCCUUCAUAUAAAAUCGGAAAUGAGACUAGAGACAGCUUGAAUCGAGAGUUGAUAAGGACUCCAGGACCAGGAACCUAUGAAUCUAGAUAUGAAUUUGCAAGGCCUAAAUCAGCUUAAGUUCGUAUAGGCAGUGCCAAUCGUAGGCCAUUGAGUGAUACAAGGGAUAUUCCAGGGCCAGGAACCUAUGAUUUGAAUACUAAAAUAGGAGAGGGACCCAAACAUUAGAUUUUAGGCAGUAAAUAUGAGCCUACGACUACUUUAAAUCAGCCAGGGCCAGGUGCGUAUAAUCCAAAUGAUGGGCCAAGUAAACAAAGACCGGCUUCAGCAAAGAUUGGUACUGGCUAAAGAGCUGAGCUGAAUGCAGGUUUUGGGAAGGAUGCUCCAGGUUUAGAUUGUGUUUUUUAAGAUUAGGACCUGGUAAUUAUAAUUUGAGGGGUUCAUCAGAUGGGCCUAGAUGGGGUUUCGGGACGGCUUUAAGACCAAAUCUAAAUUAGACAGAUCAGAGUGUUCCAGGACCAGGAAAUUAUAAUCUCAAGCCAACUUUUGCAGAUGUGCCAUCAUAUCUAUUGAAUAAAUGA